UUCAAUAUAGUCUCGUUCAACAAGAUUCUUGUUGCCUGCGCACGCUACGCCGAAUAGAGAGUCUGGUCAAACGCAGUGCUUUCGUUUUUUGACAUCAUAACGAGGCUUACCGAGAUUCUGGGCUACUGAUUUAAAUGGUGACAGUGGUGUUGUCUUACAUCUGGAUCCUGAUGACGAUUGUUUUGUCCUAUCACUCACAAGAAAUAGAGAGGGAGAAUUAAGAAGAUCAGAAUUUGCAAUGUUUAUUGUGCGGCACAUUUGAGGGAAAAAACUGUCAAAAUAGUUAUUAGUUCUACAUAACGGUGGGUUGAAAAGCCUAGUUUGUCUUAGAGGGUAGGGGUUAUCAUUUUGAUUGUUAAUAAAGGGAUUUAAAACAUUUUGUAAGUAUUGAGGUGUCUGCCAAUGCAUAAUUUUGUACAUCAUUUUAUGUUUGUGUUUAUUUCGUCUUACAGAUAGUGUUUCCCAGCCUAGUUCAUUGUAUAGUUUGUCAUGUGAUACCUCAGAACGAAGACCUGUUAUUAUCCUAGCUGCUUCUAAUUGUACAGAUUCAAGAAUAUCUUUUGUCUGUUGUGUACAAUUAUCCCAAAUAAUAUCUGCAUAUUCCAAAAUUGGCCUAAUAAUGAAUUACAAUAUUGCCAAUGUUGUUUUUUUUCUUUUUUCUUUUAUAUACAUUUAAUAACCCAGGCAUGCAUACAUCCUUCGUGGGUUGUCUGGGGAUGGGCUGCCCCAGCUUCAACCCACAAUACAUGAAACACUCUCUAUUUUCUUUCUUCACAAAUCAACACUUGCUCAUUUUUUUCUCUCUCACUUUUUCACACUCUCGUACUGUAAUUUCUUCUUUUUUACCUCACCUUUUACACUCUCGUACAAACCCUCCUCACACGGAGGUAAGUUUGGGUACUGAUAUCUGCCAAUGGUUUCCAAGUAGUCUGUUUGACUUGUCUGCAGACUUUUGUUGGCAGGUAAUCCUUCUAAAGUAUGUCAAGACAUCAAUCAUCAGGAAAGGUUAACAACACAUUCUACACUGGCGGCCAUCUUGUUUUCCCUUACAUAGGCUUUACCCCAAAACAUAUUGAUAUGCAGUUUGUUCAUUUGAAUACCAGUUUUAGGAACACUUAUAUUUUUCCCAAAUUAUACAUUGAAUUAUCAUUAUAUGCAUAACGACCCAUCAACACAAGAGGUCAUUAGGGUCAUCAAUGGUCGAUAAAAAUAAAUUUAAAAUGAAAGCGACAUCAAACAAACAUGAAGUUAAAAGACGAACGUCAACCUGAAUAUUAAAAGUGACUCAUAUUGUUUGGAACAACAUAUUAAGAUUGAUGUUUUGUUGCUAAAAUAUAAGUAAUGCAGAUUAUUUUAUCAGUUACAUGUGUCAUCUUUUUAUCAUUGAAAAUGUAAGUGAUCCUUAGAUCUGCAUUAUUAUAAGUGAUUAACCUUUAAAACGUCAGUGUCCACAAACAUAUCGAAGUGAUGCUUCUGUAACCUAUUGUCAUGAGUGGAAUGAAUUGUCGCUGCGCAAAAAAGAAAUGGUAUGUUCUUGUUGAAGAGGAAUAUUAGAUUUCUAUUUUUCGACUUUCCUGUGGUGGUUAUUGGCUGGUCUGUACUGAAUUGGCACGUUUAACCUGUUGCUGUAUUUGGGUUUGUGUUUGUGCUGCAGCAUCCUAUUAACCUGGUAUCGAGACUGACAUCACAGCAGGGGGUUUGAACUUGUCACACCAGUCUACAGAACAGUAAGACUUAAAUCAAUGGAUGUUGAAGGCGCGGUCAAGCAAGUGUUUUGCCUGUAUGAGCGUCAUGGUAGCGGCGACUAUCUUGGAGAGCCAGUCAAUUUGACUGGUCACAUGAUUCAGUGUGCCGUACUAGCAGAACAGGAUGGCCAACCUUUGGAGGUAGUUCUAGCGGCCUUUCUCCACGACAUCGGUCAUUUGGUUGGCACGGAUAAGGGGCUUCGGACGAUGAUAACCGACGGCACCAACCUCGGAGCCAUGGACCACGAUGUCCUAGGAGGACAGUUCCUUCGCAAGCUAGGAUUUCCGGACAAAGUGUGUGACCUGGUACAGGGACACGUACAGGCUAAACGUUACUUGGUGUGGAAAAACAAGGAGUACUACGACAACCUCAGUCCUGCCAGUAAAAUGACUCUUGAACAUCAAGGAGGACGAAUGAAUACAGAGGAAGCCACAGCUUUUGAAAACAAUCCUCUGUUUGACUUGAUCAUACGCAUGCGCUACUGGGACGAGGCCGGGAAGGAAGUUGACGUUACAAAUGUGCAUCUAGAAAAAUACAGAAAUCUUUGUUUUGAUUAUUUAACAAGCAUGCGAUAACUUUAUCACCGAGAUUGGGAAAAGAGUGAUUUUGUAGUUAAGUAUACCCUCUGGUCCAAGAGGCGUCACAUUAUAUAACAUAGCCGCUAUAAAACGAUGUCACAGACACACACACCUCUCCUAUCAGUGAUUUUCCAUAACGUACCGUUGUUAGUAGGGAACAGACUGAUCUUAUUUGUCAACAAGAUUUGAUGGAAUUCGUUUGCUUUUACGAUUUUCUUCUACUAAUGAAAUGGAUAAGGGCGUAGUUUGUUGCUGUUUAAGUUAGGCUUGCAGCUUGUUGAAAUAUGUGUAAUACUACAUGCCUGUGUUAUUUUAUUUGUAGUUCAUUACACAUACUAUUGUUUGGAUGUAGUAUACAAUAAAGCUGAAUUGUUAUUACAAUUCCUCAGCACGAAAAUAGA